AUGGACAUCCUUCUUAGGUGUGUUGUUGCUAGCAUUGACGCCUCAGCCUACGUUCUGGGCUUAGGGUUUGUCGUUAAUACUGUCGCUGUCUUACAAGCCGCUAUCGCUAUAGCCAUUGGGAAUGCAUAG